CGAACCCCGUCCAGAACAUGAGAGCUAAUACCAGCGUUAUUAGCCUUCUCAGAUUCAGAUCAAGGCUGUUCGAGCUAAUGAUGCGACGCUAACGGGAGUCGAGCGGGGGCCAUACAGCCGAAACGCUGGCUAAAUAGGCUACUUGUAGUUCAACAACAAAAUGACGGCUUGAACACAGGAACGAGGAUAUUAAUGUCAGUUUAAUUUUUAGUUCUUGCUCUUGAAUGAAUCUAGCUAUGUCCGUGUUUCCUUUACCGAUGUUGCUACUCUUGGGCCCGGAGCUCUGGUUUGGAGUCACCACUAGCCCUACCGAUGACAGCGCUCUCAGGGGCGGCCAUGGGGAACACGGAGAGCCUGGCCAUAAAGAGCACCAUAAGGACUCGUAUAGCACCUUCGCCUCCGAAUUCCUGGAAUCCAGAUAUCUCUCUGAUGACGGUUAUCCUUUUCCCACCGCUCCUCCUGUUGACCCCUUUGCACGGAUCAAAGUCACUGACUGUGGAGUAACUAAGGGCUGUGUGAGAUAUGGGAAGCCAGGCUGCGAUGCAGAAACAUGUGACUACUUCCUGAGUUUCCGGCGUAUCGGCACAGAUGUGGAGUUUGAGCUGAGUGCUGACACAGAUGGAUGGGUUGCUGUGGGAUUCUCAUCGGAUAAGAAAAUGGGUGGUGAUGAUGUGAUGGGUUGUGUUCAUGAUGACAACGGCCGCGUUCGUAUCCACCACUUCUACAAUGUGGGCCAGUGGGCCAAGGAGAUCAAGCGCAACCCAGCGCGAGAUGAGGAGGGUAUAUUCGAGAAUGGACGCGUGACGUGCCGCUUCAAGCGGCCACUUUACGUACCCCGCGAGGAAACACUGGUUGACCUGCACCUCAGCUGGUACUACCUGUUUGCCUGGGGACCUGCUAUACAGGGAUCCAUCACCAGGCAUGACAUAGACUCUCCACCCGUGUCAGAUCGCAUGAUCAGCAUUUAUAAAUAUGAGGACAUCUUCAUGCCAUCCACCGCCUACCAGACCUUCAACUCUCCCUUGUGUCUCCUCCUCAUCGUCGCCCUCACCUUCUACCUACUCAUGGGCACACCGUAACCAUGGCAGUAGUGUGAGGGGGCAAGGGGAUCAUGGUGCCAGCACGGCCGAAGCCUCAGAGAGCAAGGCUGAGAAAGCAAUAAAGACUGAGUGGACACUCCGGAAGCGAGCUCUACAAUGGGACAUUGCACUCUGUCCAGUGUACAUCUCUGACCCUGGUGUGGUCUUCAUGUCCAUUUACAUUCCAUAGGAUUUGCACAAGCAAGCAAACAGGCACAUACAGUCAGCUACUUACUCCAUGCAGCUUCAGUAGAGGAGCAGCUCAUCACCAGUUUGGUUUACCCUGGGGACAGACACUCUUUCACUGAGCACCAGAGACACACACAGGCACACACAGGCACACAGACACA